ACAUGUCUAGGCCUAAUUCAAGUGAAAGUGGAUGCAGUCACACUGGAAUGGGUGUUCAUAUUCCACAAGAAUUGCCAGACUUUCUGCUGCAGUUCACCAAAGAUGCCAUCAGAGCUCAGCCAGAGGAUAUCAUUGAGUAUUCCACUGCGUAAGUUCAAAAAACACUUGAAGGAGCAGAUGCUUCUUUGCAUUCCAGCAUUUCACUAUAUGCACCAUAUUUAAUUGUAAACACGCAGUGAGUGAGGUUUCAAACCCCAUACUAUUUUGUUUGUGUAGGUACUUCACAGCUAUGGUGAAAGGACAGCCUUUUUCAGUGAAACCAAAUCCUGAAACCAAACUGAAACUGACAAAUGAGAUAUUGGGAAUUCUACAUUCCCAGGUAUAAUAUCUGAGGUCAUUUCUUGAUGUAUGAUUUGAGUACACUUGCAGUUAACAAAUUCUCAUGAUGAUGAUCAAAGCCACACAGGUUAGGCCUACUAACCUGGAAUCCUUUUAAAAUAUAUCUCCCAGUUAUCUGAAAGGGGGACUAUUACAAAGUUGGAGAUUGGGCUCAUAUGGAAAAGUUUGAAUAUGCCAGAGAAUACCUUGAACCAUAUCCUUUCAAUGGGAAAGUUUGGUGAAGAAAUUGAAUGGAAUAAAUUCCUUGCUUCAUGUUGCAGUUAUCUUGGAAUGGUAAAUAAUAUUUACUAAAUAUAAAUGCAUUCAACAUGUCAUUUUUAUGUCAUAUCAUUGUAGAUUGUACAUCAGUCACAUUACAAAUAAAGUAUGUAUCCCUUGAGAAAGAGGUAUUCUGAGCUCAAUGGGACUUCCUAGUUAAAUAAAGGUUAAAGUAAAAAAGUAUACUUUAUUCAAAAGAAAGUCACCCUCUUAGUCCAUCUCUUGACAGAAUGUCAAAGAUGCCUUGACUCAGGCCUGCUACAUAAUGAACUGCGAUUCCAACUGUAAGCCUCCAGAUGCAUGUGUGUCCUUUGAAACCUUCCGGUUUCUCUACACCUACCUGGCAGCUGGGAAUGAGAACAUCUCACAGUCGCAGAUUGACAAAGUUCUCAGAUAUCUGCAAAAGAGUGCGUGAGUACAAGGCAUUUAUGACACCUCGAUAGAUAGGGUUUGAAGAUGCGUUCAAAGCACUGUGUCAGUGUCAAGUUACAUCACUGCUCAGUGUAAAGUCAUUUUAUUGAGUCAUUUUGCAUUCAUUAUAAAUUCCUUAUUUUCUCUGUAUCCUGUUUUGUUUCUCACAGGAACUCGAACAAUGGUGUGGUGAAAGUGUCAGACUUCAUCAACAAUCGCAAAUUGCAUCUGGAUCCAACUAAC